AUGCUUGCACCGCAUAGUCCAGCCGCAGGUGGCAUUCGGAAAGGGACCAAGAGCUGCACCGAAUGUAGGAGAAGAAAAGUCCGCUGCGUUCGUAUCCCUGAAGACGCGCCAACAUGUCGUCAGUGCGCAGAACGCAACACCGCUUGUCUCGCUCAGACGUCCAGUUCCCGUCCACGACAAGCGAAUCGAUUGCCCUCCCGAUACCGGAUUGCACAGCUAGAGUCUCAGGUUAGUCGGUUGACCAAAGCCGUCAACAGUAUUGAGGUCAAGCUUGGAGGCAACCCGUCGAUCCAGCUCGAUCAGACGGUGACCCACUCCCCCGGAUCCGACGAGUCGGACGCAGAGUCCACUGCAUCCGAGAUUUUAAUUGCGGAGGAGCCUUCACAUCUGCGCUCGCUUUUCCAGAAUGACUGGCUUACUGUUGACACCAACCGCCGUGACGAGCAGCUGCAGGAACGUAGAGUGAAGGCGUCCGCGCACCUCGCCGAGAGAGUGCGCCCAGCGCUGCAGAAGCUGAUCCCGACUAAAGAACAGACGGCGGAAAUGCUGGUUUGCACUUAUGACUGGCUGCAGAUGGUCCAUGCCAUGUUGCCCCAACCGUCAGUGCCCAGCUCGAGGCAGGAAAUCCUCGAUCGUUACGAAGAGAUGUGUGGACCGGGUGUGGACAUUAUUGCUCUGGCUUCGUGGCUAUUGACUCUGGCUAUCACCGCGCAGCAGGUGCCGCAGGGAGGCGAGAGCCCGGACAGUCCAUCGAAGGGAUACCAUCGUCGGAUAGAUUUCGCGCGCACCGUGUCAGACGCCGUUGAGAGUCUGGUCCUGGCUCAUGAUAGGUUGGUCGGGACAUUUCAAGGGCUCGGAAUGUGCAUCCACUUCAUUCGCUUGCAAAUGGGUCGUGGAAACGCCCAGAAGGGCUGGCUAAAAUUGCGACAUCUCAUCGCGCUUGCGGAGCUAAUGGGUCUACCCAAGGCCGUACAGCUCGCUCGAAUAAAAAAGCCCAACGGGCCUGCGGAAGAGGCAGAGCGGAAUGAGAAGAUGCAGCUCUGGAAUCUAAUCUGCACGGUCGACCGUUUGUCCGGGUUGUUAAUAAACCUCCCACCAUAUACUAGACGGUAUCAGCUAAGAAAUGCCGAUGAGCUAAUAGUCAAUGGCGUUGUUCAGGCGUCGGUAUACAUGAAUCGGUUGAUGGAUGUCUCGCCCAAGAUCCACGACCUGGAAGACCUCAGUGCUAGUGAAGGACCGACCACGAAGCUCUACACUUCCGCGCUCGAAAUUAUUCGAGAGGCAAGAGAUCUUGCUUCUCAGACCCCUUCGUCUUGGUGGGCCAUAGAUACAACGAAUGAUCUAAGGCCUGAUCAUAUUGUCCAGUUCAUGCACUAUUGCCUUGUCAUGAAGGCUCACCUGCCGGUCGCCCUCCGGCAAGACCGGACAGAAGAGUACUUGUACAGCCGAUUAGCCUGCAUUGAUGCAUGUGAGUCUGUUGCCCAGAGAUACCAUUUCAUUCGCCAGAAGCUCCCCUCGGGAUUCUUCACUUUACGAAUGCUCGAUCUUCAGGCCUUUGGAGCUAUGGCAGCGCUCCUUUUACUCUCUCACACUUCUCCAUUCCCCGACCAUCGUACCUUUCAGGUCGAUAAGCCCCGUAUAGAGCGCGUCGUCACGCAAAUCAUUGAACUUAUGGAAGAGAAGUCCAAAGACGGAGUCGGUGCUGAUUUUGCUGAGCGCGGGGCUAAGACACUCCGUGCGCUACGAAGCCUUCUACAGCAGGACGCGAACAAUCCUACACCAAUGCAGGAAUUAACCGUUAAUGUGCCGCUCCUAGGGAACAUUCACAUUCGCCGCAAUGUUCCUGCAGCACAAAACACCGUCCCUGAGAGUCAGCAGCCAAGUACAAUGCAGCAACCGGCUGACUGGCCAUCACAGGAGCAAAUGAUGACCUCUGCCUUCAAUCCUCAGCUUACUACCUCGAGCACGUACAUGCAAGGGCCCUUAGUUCCUAGCCAUGGCCCGUCUAGUUCACAAUGGGAACCGCUCUCGUGGUCCGUUGAAGAUGGCGGCGAAAACCUUCUUGACGAUGCUUUGAUGGUAGGAACAUUCGACCAGGCAGCUUUGUGGCAAAGCAUGUACUAUAAUACCACGUUCAGCUGAUGUGCCCAAAGCAGCACUCGCACUAUGCUUGUA